CACUCACUACUGCGUGUUCGGGACGGCGGUUUCCUUCUGUACCUGCGGCCUCCAUGAAGCCUUCGGCACUCCUUUGCCCAGAAAAUCUGAUUGAUCACUGGUGGCUUGGGAGUCUCGAGGCGCCCAGAUGAAGCGUAGCGAGACGAGUGCAACGACGAAUCAUUAGCCACACACCUCGAUACUGCCACGAUGAACCCUUUCGAGUUUCGGCCUUGGUAUCCUAAGGGAGUCACCCAUUUUAUCGCUGCUGGUGCUAGCAACUACAUCGCUGCCGUCAACAAAGACACUGUCCUCAAAUUUCCGCUUGUACCUCCGAAGGAGACGGAUAUCUAUACAUCCAAAGGUCUCGACUAUCGCAGGAACAUCAGAGAAGCCGCGGUAAAAGGUCUCGAUGUCGAAGAAAAGAUACUCAAUACGUUAGGACAGCACCCUAGAAUAAUACGCCUCAUACGUACACACGAAGACGGCCUCGUGCUCGAAUACAUGCCAAACGGGUCAGUAGAAAGAUAUCUACGAGACGUUGCUCCCGAUACAUCUUUGAAGCAAAGGUUGAAAUGGACAUGUCAAGCUGCAGAGGCUCUUGCUUACGCGCACGGCAAAAAUGUCCUUCAUUGCGACUUCAGUGUUGGCAACCUUCUUCUCGACCGCGACCUGACAAUCAAGCUGUGUGACUUCCAAGGGCGACUCCUGCAUUCUGACGGAACAGUCAUUCUUGAUGGCGGUGCAGCUGAAGGCAGCAUGUCAUCAAUGCCACGACCGGACCGAAACUAUUGCGACCGCAAGACGGAUAUUUUCGCGUUAGGCACAGCUAUCUACUUUAUGGUAACAGGCCAGACGCCUUAUCCUGAACUAGACACCAUAGAUGAUGAGGACGAGAUCAGAAAGCGAUUCGAAGAUGGUGUAUUUCCUCCUUUAGCACGGCACCAAGGGGGUGAUGUUGUGCGGAGUUGCUGGAAGGGGUGUUACGAGAGUGCUACGGAGGUUAUGCUUGAUCUGCAAACACUAUUUUAACUCUUCCUUUCCACCGACUUGAGUUUGUCUAUUUAGGAGAAAGAGGCUCUGUAUGACCUCGUAGUACGUGGUACCAACGACAAGCCAUGCAGGCAAACAACUGCAAAGAAAUAAGGGAGCGCGCAAUGAAAGGCUGGUUUCGCAUUUACUGCAGGUGAUCGACAUGAAGACUCCACUACUAGGUAGUCAGAUGGAAGCGGGGUUCCAAUAGUUUGUCGUCCUCGUCACUGCUGCCUAGUUUGUGGGAAACUGGUACUAAGCUGUAGAAUCUCCGUCUAAAAACAUAGAAAGCAAUGCUCGCAAAAGACUUCUAUCGUCUGCAACAACGUGUGAGCGUCAAUUCCACAAGCGCAAGUUUCUCAACUGCACAGAAAGCCCAAAACACGUUAUUGAAUCCACGACUAUUAUCCCUUGCAAGAAUGCGGGCACCUCUUCUUGCCCAGGUUUCAGCGACAAUCACUCUUUUGGGACCAGCAACAUCCAUG